CCUAUAAAUAGCAGAAAUCCUCUUUCUACUUUCAUUUUAUUUUUCGUGUUUUGAGGUUUUAAAAUGCCAGAGUCAGCCAAGUCCGUUCCUGCCCCGAAGAAGGGCUCUAAGAAGGCAGUGACCAAGGCGCAGAAGAAGGAUGGCAAGAAGCGCAAGCGCAGCCGCAAGGAGAGUUAUUCUGUGUAUGUGUACAAGGUGCUGAAGCAGGUCCACCCGGACACCGGCAUCUCGUCCAAGGCCAUGGGCAUCAUGAACUCGUUCGUCAACGACAUCUUCGAGCGCAUUGCGGGCGAGGCGUCGCGCCUGGCGCAUUAUAACAAGCGCUCGACCAUCACGUCCAGGGAGAUCCAAACGGCCGUGCGCCUGCUGCUGCCCGGGGAGCUGGCCAAGCACGCUGUGUCUGAGGGCACCAAGGCUGUCACCAAGUACACUAGCUCCAAGUAAACUUGCCAAGAGGAGCAAAUGGGCUUUAGAAAUGUAUUUUCUCACCACUGGUCACUGCUGGACACUGUUGCAUCUCACAAAUAAGUCAAUGAAAAUGAUACUAGAAGAAGAUAAAAGGAGGUAUUUUUAACAAUCAUGGAAGGAUCAAUAAGAACUUGGCUAAAACAUUUAUUUUGAGUAUAAAAAUAUUAAAUGAUAAUUGCAGAAAUUUGUAAGAAAAGAAAUAUAUAACAAAGAAAAUUAAAAUAAA